AUGUAUAAAGCAGUCAUGUCUAGUUUUGCAUCUUUAUUUGGAUCUACUGAAAAGGAUACAACUGUUGAUAGUUUAUUCAAAAACGCAGCAGAUGGUCCAGUUUCAAGAGAUCAAUUACCUAAAGGAAGAACAGUUAUAGAAAUACCCCAAGUACCAGAAGAAGAAUCAAAAGAAGAAAAAGAUGAAGAAUCCGAAGAAGAUGAAAGCUCAGAAAGUAAUGACGCACAAGAAUCUAUUGAAGAAGAUAACUCAGAAGAAGAAGAAGAAUCAGAGGAAGACAUAGAAGAAAAGAAAUCAAAGAAGAAAGCUAAGAAGAAGGCAGAGUUAAAUGAAGAUUUAGAAGCAUCUUAUUUCGACAAAUUGUUAAGAUACAAGAAAGAUGAAGAAAACCCAGCCGAAUCAGAAUCAGCAGAACAAGACGACGACGAAGAAAAGAAGGAAAUUCUUAACCUUAAAGCAGAAAGAACAGUUUUUGUAGGUAAUGUUCCUGCUGAUGUCGUUACUUCCAAACAUGCUGCUAAAUUAUUUAAAAACUUAUUCAAAGAAUUUGGUAAAGUCGAAUCUAUCAGAUAUAGAUCGAUUUCAUUUGAUGAAAGUUUACCUAGAAAAAUUGCCAUUGCAAAGAAGAAUUUACAUAAAUCAAGAGAUUCAGUUAAUGCUUAUGUUGUAUUUACAGAUAAAGGAGCAUCAAGAAGUGCCAUUGCCCUUAAUGCCACUAAAUUCGAAGACCAUCAUUUACGUGUAGAUCAUGUUGCUCAUCCAUCUCCAAAAGAUAACAGAAGAACCAUUUUUGUUGGGAACUUAGAUUUUGAAGAAAAGGAAGAUACUUUAUGGAAUUAUUUUAAUUCUAAAUUAGAUAAUGAUGUUGAAUCAGUUAGAAUCAUUCGUGACUCAAAAACUAAUAUGGGUAAAGGGUUUGCAUUGGUACAAUUUAAAGAUACUCUUUCCGUUAAUAAAGCAUUAUUCUUAAAUGAUAAACCAAUUGAAACUGGGGAUAAAUCAAAGAAGGGUAGAAAAUUACGUAUAUCAAGAGCUAAAGCUCAUGCUAAACCUUCAUUAAUGUCUCCAAAUCAUAUAGAUAACAUUAAGAAAAAACAUGCAUCUAAGAAACAAGCUUUAAGUGAUACUCAAAAGACAAAAUUAGGUAGAGCUAAAACCGUAUUAGGUAAAGCUGAUAGAUCUACUGUUGGUAAGGUUAAGAAACUGACUAUAAUGGAAGGUCAAAGAGCUACUAAAGGUGAUCGUGUUGCUGGUAUUAAAGGUCUUAAAGGUAAAGUUAAGAAACCAAGAAUAAGUCUAUCUAGAUGA